GUCUAUCAUACGCUAAAUCCGCCCCUUUGCUUCCUACAUUUACGCUCUUUGCGUAGCGCUCGUAGUAAUUGCACGAAUCCAUUCGUACUAUAUCGUCCCUUCCCAGUUGUUCGGAGCCUGCGCUGUUUCCGUAACACUCUUGCGAGCCAUGUUUUCGAAUAACGUAGCGUAGCCAGAAAUGCAGAAUAGCUCGAGCAGCUCCCUCCCCGUCACUCCGUGUUGUUGUUAGGGGUGCCUUCGCUUUUUUUCCUUAUGUGUGUGGUGUGUAUGUGUGUGUGUGUGUGUUAACGAAUCUGGACGGUUUAUUUCAAAUGGAGUGAGCAGGGUUGGAGCGUGUGGCACCAUAUUACAAGGGCACAAUGGUAAAUCUGCAAGGCCAAGUUGAUUCCUUGGCAUGGUUGUCUGAUGUGGAGCAAGACUCUGGUGUUGAGGAGGAUGAAGGCACUAUACCCAACAAAGAAGACUUCAACAUCUUCAUUGCCUUCAAAGGCAAUAUGGAGGAUGAAGAUUUCAAAGAUAAACUGGACAAAAUCUUAAAGGGUGUUCCAUAUAUGAUUGGACUGGGACUGGACAAAAUGAGACUUCAGAAAGUGGAGCCAUGGAACAGUGUGAGGGUCACCUUCAAUAUCCCACGUGAGGCAGCCGACAGAUUGCGCUUACUUGCACAAAAUAACCAGCAGCAACUACGGGACCUGGGAAUCCUUUCAGUACAAAUUGAAGGUGAAGGUGCAAUAAACCUGGCAUUAGUACAAAACAGAGGGCAAGAAGUGACUGUCAAUGGACCCUUGGGACCUACUAGUCAGAUGCCAUUGGGCUUGCCAAUGCAGCAAGCACAAGCCAAUAUUAGAAUGAACAACCCUUCUGUGUCAAUGGUAGGCUCAGGAGGCUGUAUAGUGGGUGGUAAUGCUCAGAUGCAGGCAAGAGUACCACGGCCUCCACUUCAGUCAGAGUCAAUGGAUCCUAUGCUUUCAGGUUUAACAGUUCAGCAGCAGCAGCAGCAAUCAACAGGACAUCUUUCUGUCUCAAUGCAAGGGCCGCCACACCCCAUGCCAGUUGUACAGCCCAACAGGCAGCUUAAUCCAGCCUCUCUUCAGCAGUUGCAGCAGCAACAUCAGUUACAACAACAACAGCAGCAGCAGCAACAGCAGCAGCAACAACUACCUUCUGCACAGCAUCCUUCUAUAGUUGGAGUACGGACUCCGUUUACACCACCAACACAAAUUCCUGUUCCUCCUGGCUGGAAUCAGCUUCCUUCAGGGGCUCUCCAACCCCCACCUGCUCAAGGACCCCUUGCAACUGUUUGGAAAAAAGUCCCACAGCCCGGGCAAAUGCCAUCAAGACCAUCUCUUGCAACAGUUCAGACACCAAGCCAUCCACCACCCCCAUACCCCUUUGGGAGUCAGCAAGCAGGUCAGGGAUUUAAUGUUGUUGGACAGCAACCAGGGAAUGGCCAGUUUAUAACCCCACAGCCAAAAAGUCUCCAAGGAACAACAGCAGUGUCUGGAAUUAGGGGCCCUCCACCUCCAUCUUCUGCACAACCUCAGCCUCACCUGUCUAAAUCUCCAGCUUCUUCUCCAUCACCCUUCCAGCAAGGCUCCCCUGGGACCCCACCAAAUAUGAGUCAAGGACAGAGUCAAAUUGGUCCCCGAGCUGCAACUCCCCAGGGCUUCCCUCAGGCUGUCAGCUCUCCUGGGAGGGUUGUUUUAGGGCAACAAAACAGUGUUCAGGCAGGAUUCAUGGUAAUGGCACAGCAGGGACAAGUAUCCCAAAUACCACACUCUAGCAUUGGAGGUAUUCCCAAGCGAAUGCCCAUGGGGUUUCCAAAUGUCCAAGGAAAUUUUAUGCAGGGGCAGGUAAAUUCCAGUACUGCUGGAGUCUCAGUUGGCAACAGCAAUCCUCCACUACAAAACAGCCAGAACAUUCAGCACUCAGGACAACCUACUUCUUCAGCACCUAGUCAAAUGCCACCUCCUCAUGGGCAAAGUAAUGUAAUCCAGACUAACCUUAUGGGUCUUCAUGGCAAUUUACAGAAUCAGACAUCAGGAAAUGUGACCUCAAGUGGUGUGGGUCAGUCUGCCCAAGGUCUUCAAACUCAGAUGAUGAACAUGCAGCACCAGCAGAUUUCUUCGUCUCAAGGUCAAAUGGUACAGAGUCAAAGUGGGGGCCAGAUGAUUUUGUCUAGAGGACAAUUGGUUAAUCAGACACCAUUACUUGUAUCAAAUCAAAACCCAAAUAUGGUACCACAAAGAAUGACACCCCCAAAGCAGAUGAUGGCACAGCAAGGUCAACCUGUAAUGCCAAGUCAUGGGCAAAUGAUGGGAAAUCAGACACAGCAAGUUGUCUUACAGCAGAAUUCCAUGAUGGAACAAAUGAUUGUUAGUCAGAUGCCAAACAAGCAGCCCUUUGGUCCUCAAGGACAUUCUGCUUCUUUACAAGGGCAGGUGAUGAGGGGUGCCACUCCUUCUGUGCAAGGAAACCUAGUUCAGUUCCAAGGACAAAUUAAUCAACAGCAGCAACAACUGCCUCAGUCAUCUCAACCUCAACAGCAGAUGCCCAUGAAUGGUAAUCCUAAUCAGACAAUGAGCCUACAUGGACAGACAAGACUCCAAGGAGGCCACCACCUGGUUCAGCAGCAGCAGCCACAGCAGCUUAAUGAUCCUAAUGUAAAUUCUGGUGAUAUUAACCUACAACAGAUGAUUCCUGAUGUCCAGGCACAGCAGCAGCAACAGAGUGGCAUGGUGGGACCUCCUCACAUGCAAACAGGCAGUGGUCAUUUCUCUGGCCAUGGAAUGCCAUUCAGUGGUCAAUUUGGUGGACAGUUGACCAUGGGAGGGCCUUGUGUACAGUCCUCUAAUUUUCCGGGUAAUAAGGAUGUCACAUUAACAAGUCCUUUGCUAGUCAAUCUGCUGCAAAGUGAUAUCUCUACUGCACAGUUUGGCCCUGGUGGGAAGCAGACUGGAAUAAACCAGGCAAAGCCCAAGAAAAAGAAGCCACCUCGCAAGAAGAAGGCCACUGGUGUUCCUAGUGGUCCACAGCCAGAUGAGACACUUGGCUGCCCAGAAGUACGACCUCUUGGUGUGGAUGACUCAGAGACACAGCCCUUGACUGGAGAACAAGGAAUAGUACUGGAGCCAGCAGGUCCAAAGCUUGCAGACUUUGCAAAUAGACCUUCAGGAUUCCCAGGACAGCCUGGAGACCAGAGAAGUUUGCAGCAGUUGCCCAUUCAGUUUAUGCAACAUGGCCCACAGCAACAGCAAGUGCAGACUAUACAUCCAGGACAACAGGGCAUGAUGAAUCAGGUGCAUGCUCAACAACACCAACACCAACACCAACUACAGCAACAGCAGCAGCAGCAACAACAGCAACAGCAGCAGCAGCAACAGCAGCAGCAGCAGCAACAGAUGAUGAUGAUGCUAAUGAUGCAACAGGAUCCAAAGUCUGUACGGUUACCAUUGCCUCAGGGUGGGCCACAACCCAGAGGACCUUUAAAUCCUGGGGAUAUUCAAAGGCCUCCUGUGUCUCAGCAAGGUAAUAUGUCAGUGAUGAUAAGCCUACAAGGUCCAGGAACUCUUCCCCCAUCCCAGGAUAAGUCCAGGCUCCCUCUUAUGAUAAAUCCUCAGUUAGCAAAUGCUGCAAGAAGAAUGUCUUUCCAAGAUGCGGGACAGGUUGGCUCAUCUUUGAAUUCCGAUGAAAAUACUGUCAUGCUUUCUUUACAGGAUGGUGCUAAUUCUGAAAGUGUACAGCAGACUGUUACUGGGAAUACUCAGUUAAUAAGCAGCUCUGGUCCUGGUCAGCUUCUAAUGAAACCUGGACCUUCACCUAUUCCUCAGCAUCAGGGAGCAAGCCCACAACAGCUUCAACAACAGACAUCAAUGCCUAGUUCACAUGCACUUCAUUUCCAAAAUGCUCCUACCACAACACAGACUUCACGUCCCAAAACUCCCAAUCGUGCCAGUCCUAGGCCUUACUAUCCUCAUACUCCUACCAACCGUCCACCCAGCACAGAACCUUCUGAGAUUAACCUCUCUCCAGAAAGGCUUAAUGCUUCUAUCGCAGGUCUCUUUCCACCACAAAUAAAUAUACCUCUUCCACCUAGACAACCCAAUUUAAACCGUGGUUUUGAUCAACAGGGCUUAAAUCCUACCACUCUCAAAGCAAUUGGACAAGCCCCACCCAAUUUAGGUUCAUUAAGUAACAGUAAUGGUCAGCAAGGUUUCAGUUCAAGUAAUGCUGCCUCUCCUGCUAGUAAAUUAGAGAAACACUCCACAGGAGGAACUGCUAAAAAAGCUAGUCCAAGCAACAGCAGGCGUUCCAGUCCUGCUUCUAGCCGUAAAACUACGCCCAGUCCAGGGCGUCAGAAUGCAAAGUCAGCCAAGCUGACUCUUUCAUCUCCUCCUCACCAACCUUUGUUGAACCCGCAAAACUUAAUGAUGGGGGGUUCAUCUGUUUUGCCUAAUUCUCUUAACAGCAGCAUAAAUCCUCCCACAAUGGUAGUACAGCAAAUGCAGAAUCCUUUUCCUUCUGUAUCAAAUUUUAUAGAGAUUAAUAAAGAAAACCCUGUGGCUCCUAAAGAGGUGAGGAAAGCACCACUUAUCUCAAGAGAUCCUUGUAUUACUGAAUUAAAAAACCCUUCUUCAACUAAGGAUCAAAAGAUCCCUACUAUUUAUGAAGACUCAUCUAAAAGAGAUACACAAGAUAAGGUAAAAAAGUUUUUAGCAGGUAAAGAUGAUCCCAAAAUGACAGUUCCUCCAGCUCUGAGGGAAACCCCAACUUCCCUUAGCCAGCUGUUAGACAAUUCUGGUGUUCCCAAUGUGACCCUUAAACCUGCACAGGAUAGACCUAAAGAGGAUGAGGUAACUCAUAAAGAAGCUCCAAAUUUUAUGUUGGAGCAGGAGGCCAUUCUCUCAUCUGCUGCUCCUUCAGUCUCAGAAUCUAACAGCUCUUCUCCACAUGAACUGCAACCAAACACCAAUUCUGAACCAAACACCUCUGGUGUUUUACAGAAGCCAGCAUCCUCAACACCAAUUCCUUCUAGUCAAAUAACAGUUUUUGUGGCUUCGAAUUCUAUCAGUUCCUCAUCUACAACAGCCGCACAUCUUGCCCCUGCUUUAGUUUCAACAGUUGUCACUGUGCCCACUAAGAAUAUGAAGACAUCUGAAGGGCACAUAGCCAAUUCAACCUCUCAGAAUCCCCGUCCUGCUCAGUUCAUUACAGGUCCAGUUUUUAUUAAUCCAGUCUUUCAAGUGAUGAAGAGUUCUCAGGCUGGUCAACUCCCAACUGCUUCUGUACAGCAGAACGCUAGUUCUGUGUCUCAGCCUGUCACAGUUGUCCGCCCUUUGCAAGUUCAGCCAAAUAUUAGAUUCUCGCAUGUGCCUACUACCCAAGGAGGAACAAGUAACUCCACUAAUUCACAGCCCAACCAUCCAUAUGUCCUUGGGCAAGUUCACCUACCUAAUAAUCCAGGACAACCUAUGAAUGCCUUCUCACAGCCACAAUCUACUGACAUCACUAAGGAGUCUAGUUCAGAGAUUACGGUAACUAAGUCUAGUUCAAAGCCUUCAGAAUUGCCUUCACCACAAACUAAUCAUAGUCUUGCUUCUACUUCCCAGUCUCUUGGCUCCCCACUACCUUGCACCAGUCCAGAGACAAUAAAUAUCAGAAAGAGUCCCAUUACAUCCUCAAGUACUGUAAAAAGUCAGCUUGACAAGAUUGGGAAAAUCCUAAUGACCAAAGCCUUUCAGAGUGUUCCUGAUACCCCCCAAAAAACUGAGGACCAUUUAGCACUUUCAGAAGUUAGUACACAAGCAGGGGUGGUUUCUGGAAACUUGAAUCCUCUAACCUCAUAUAGUGCCCAACAUACCCUUUCUGAUGGAGAACUGCCUGCAUUUGCCUCUGUACCUCAUCAGGGAGGCCAGCUCAGGGGUCACCAGCUUACUGCUUCUUCAACAGCUGCACCAGCUUUAACUGCACCAACUAACUCAGUAUCAUUUACUGCACCAGCAAUUACAUCUGUUCCAUCCAGUGAAUGUCUUCCUGUUGCAUCAGUGGCAGUGAGUGACAAACCUGUAGUUCAUUCAGACACAGGCGAUAAGAAUUGUUUGGGAGUGAGUGAACAACCACAAAAUGCAGUGAAUACUGUGAAUGAACUGCAGUUGGAAGGGGUGUCCAGUAUUGAAAAAACAGAAGAAUCGGCUACUGUAACAGAGCAGGGAGAAGUAAAGUGUGCCCCUGAAAAGCCAAAGCCUCCAAGCAGGCGAGGCUCUCGUGCUGAGAGGGACACAGAUGAAGGGUCCACUCCACAGGAAACUGUUGAAAAUGGGCAGCGUAAAAGACCAGCCAGACCUAGUCCCUCACUGGUUCCCACCAUGAAAGGUAUAUCAAACUAGGGAGAAGACGUCUUUCAAGACAAUGUAUUCAAACACAAGCGCCAGCCCAACUCAAGCCAAGCGUAGGAAAUCCAAGUAAAGCACCUGUAUUCUUAACCUGUGAAUUGUAAAUGUUUGUGUAUUAUUUUUAAUAUUUUUGUGGGCAAAGUUUUUUUAAAGAAAUUAUAAUUGUGUACAGUUUGUUUUUAACAAUGUUAAUUCUAAUGAUAACGUUUCCCGCAUCAAUGUGAGUUUUAGAGGUUACUGCUUUUUUUCUUUUGAAUAAUGUUCUAGAAAUGUUAAACAUCAUGUAUGAUUUUUUGUGGAAAAAGUUGAAUUAGGUUUUUGUUUUUUUUUGUUUUUUUUUAAACCACCUUCUUUGUAUUAAGCUGCAGUUGAGUUGGAGUAUCAUUAACAGUUUGAGGUCCUGCUCUAUUAAGUCAUAGCUGUCUGAAGCUUGCUUAUAAUGCUGUUUCAACAACUGUUGUGCCAUUGCAUAUGUUAUUAGAACUUGAUCAGAUAAAUCGGUCAUCCCUAUCAAACCUAAAGGACAAAAACAGCCAUAUAGUAUAAGAAAUGUGGAAUCAAAAGUUAAUUUUUUUUUUUUUAAUCUCAACCGUAGUGCAUUUCUGCCUUAUUGAAGCAUCAUGAACUGAGCCUGUAAGGCAGACUAUAAGACAGAUGCUUUAAUAUUUAUAUAGCAAUCCAGUUAGGCCUUAAUGAAGUAUUCUCACAGCUUUUGUAAAUUUUUUCUAUAAUGUAUAGAGCCCAGGGUUGAAUUUUGUGCUCAUCACUGCUGUUUACUUUGCUGUUUCGUGUUCUGCCAUCAGUGGUAUGAUGAUAUGGUGAUUUUUUUUUUUUUUUUAAUACUCAUAAUAAGUUAUCAAAAUCAGCCAAGUGGAGGAACUGAUGGCCUGAAUGGCUACCAUAAAACACAUAUACAUUAUAAAUUCAGGUUAAAUUAUUUUAAUGAAAAAGUAGUGUUUGAAAUUUACCAUAUGUAGAAGUUCCAGAAUUUAUUACCUUUCAUGUGAAGAUUACAGUGGUAGUUGAAGAACUGCCAGAGGCAUUGCUUGUCUCCCAAGACUAAAUAAUUAAUAUUCUCUUUGUUCAACAGCACUUUUAUGUAAAUACAGAUAUACUGAAGUAUAUGUGUAAGGUUUUGCAGACACAGUUGUACAUGUCUAAGGAAAUGAAGUUGUUAUUGUUUGAGUGAAGUAAGUCUGAAGAUUGUAAAGAGUACAUUUAGGUAUAUUGUUUUCCAGGUUUCCACAUGUUGUUUUAGAUUAUUCUGGGAAAAAUGUGAAUGCCUUCUGAUUAAAGAUAAUGUCAUUAAAUCUAUUCCUGUGUUCUAAGACGUACACUCAAGGUAUUGUCCUUCACUACUUCUUUUACUUGUACUUAUGCACAUUUGAAUAUAUUUGGGCAGAAAACCUGUAAGUACUGAAAUCAGAUGGUAAAGCCACAGCCUCUGGUCAUGAUAAAACCAGUCAACACCCUGAAAAUUCCUGUUCUUGUUAAGAAGCCCUUGUUUGCUCUAAAUUUUUGUUAAUUUAACAAAUCUGUGCAGUUGGUAAAAUUACUGUAGCACACCUUUUGAAAGAGUAGUAUGUAUACAAAAAAAAAAACAAAAACAUAGUACUGGUUUUUCUAUUGUUUAUUUUUCAGUCCUUUUUCAGUUCAAACACCCAGAAAGUAAGUGCAAUUAGAAUGAUGUCAUCUGUUCCCUGUGAAUACCAUCAAAGAAACAGAAAAAUAUAUAAAUUGAUGCUAAGAGUAAAAUGCCAUCCAAAUGUAACGUAUUGAUCUAUUCUGAUUUGUGAAAAUUGAAUUCUUGUUACUGCAUGAAAGCUUUAUAAGAAAGUGAGACGAAGAAUUCCACUGCAGGAGUAAAGCUGUAUCUUGCAUUAUAAAAGAAACUAAUAAUUGUUCUAUUGGUUGCAGAAAAUUUUACAUUAUUUUAAAAUAAAUGUAAUUUAUCUAAUAUACAGAUUAGGAUUGCCCAUAAGAAAUAGUCAUGUGGUAUACAUAUGUUAUACAAUUAACUUAUACAAAUUACAUCAAACUAUAUUUUUGGCAUACUUUUGCAACAUUAUUUGCAGCUGCUUAAAAUGCACAGUGAUAAAUAUUGUAGCAUUAAGAGGAAUCGAAACAACAUUAUGUUAGAUUCAAGUCUGCAUCGUUCUGAAGUAGAGCAGGCAUUUCAGUGUACUAUUGAACCUAUAUACCAUGUGUUUAUUUGUUGAAGAAUACAGCUGCACAACCAUACUGUACAUAUUAUACAUAUUAUAUAUGAAAUAUGUAAAGUAUAUGUUUAUGCAGCUGCUUUCCUUCCGGUUAUUGUAGACACAUACCUAUAUAUUGCUGGUUGCACAAUAAUUUUGAAAUGGCUUUAUUUUUUCAGUCUCUCAAAUAACUGAUAGAAGAACAACAGUUGCAGAGUAACAGUCACAUUUUUCUCUAUUUUAAUAGUGAAAGGUUCUCUUUCAUGUGGGAUUUUCAAAAAAAUUUCACAUAAAUAGCCAGAGAAGUGCGUGCUGGUGAUGCAACUAAUCUGGUAUUGAACUGUUGGAGCUUGAUCCCAAGAAUCAAUGUCGUGGUAAAGGGGAUAAGCUGGCCAUUCAUGGCAUGGUUAGCUCAUGCCCACCUCAUUGAUACUUGGGAUUUUGAGUCCUUCCAUUACCUCAAUACUAGAUUAGUGAUGUAACAAGUCCACUUUUUUAUUUUUAUUUUUUAUUAUUAUAAGAAUAUAGCUGCAUCAUUUUACACCAUGAUUUUUUCAAAGUAGCCACAGGAAAAAGUACUUAAUGCCAUUAAAAGAAAAAUACAACUGUUUCCCUUUUAAAUGUCAACUAUACAUAUGCCAGUCAUACUGUACUUCUUUCAAGGUGAUGCACUAGAUAUGUGUACUGUAAUAUUUUACCUAGAAACAACAUAUGUUUUAACCAUUGUGAGAUGUGAAAGAGAAUCCAGUCAAGGAAGUUAUCAAGUUACCCAGUUUAGCAUCUCUAGUAUUUUUUAAGCUUAUUCAUCAUCAGUAUGCCUAUGUAGUAAGUGCAUUUGAAUUUCUUGUAUUUCACAACUACAGACAUUAUGCAUUUCAUUAUGUUUUUGUUUAGCAAAAUGAAAUGUGUAUGUACAGUACUACAGUUUUUCUUUUGAAAUAAUAUAAUAAAUGCACAAGCAGACUUUGCUAAAGAAUGAGGACAUCAUUUUUUUUUUGUUAUUUAUUAUGAAAAUAAUAUGCUUUCACAUCUUAUCUAUAUCUUUAUAUUCCCAAGACUUGCUUAGUGGGGACUCUGUUCUUAGAAGGAUAAAACUAAGAUGCUCACCCCUAAACUCAAAUAAUUCCUUCAAUAGAGGGGAAAAAAAAACAUUCAUUUAACCAUAAUUUACUUGCCCUUUAUGACAGUCUAUUUAUUUGUUUGUACCAAUUUUCUGUCAGUUAUCAUUUUUUUCUUUUCAAAAUGGAUAGGGUUAUAGUGGUAUUCCUGUUCACAAGUGUAACAAGUUUGCUGCAGAUAGUAAGGUUUCUAUAAAAAAAAAUGGCAGCCAAGUAUUUUUAUAAUUAAUCAUUUGAAAUGGCACUGCAUUUUUAAAUGUACCCUUCCAACACCCUUCUUCUUUACAGUCAUAUUAAAGUGACAGUGUUGUUGUGGUAUAUGUUUUUGUUUUGUAGCAUAGCUAAUGCAUUUAUAUACAUUUUUAGGUGCUGUGAAGGUUGUAUCUGAAAUUCCUGCUUAAACAGGCAAUGUCUACUUUAGACAUUUUAAAAUGGUAUUGUGUUCCUUAGUGGAGAGCUCGUGAGAACUUAGAGAAAUAUAUGCAAGACUCUAGGCAACAUUUCCUGUUGACCAACCAUUUAAUAAACUGAGGACCUAGAAGGGUUUGCAAAAUGAGAAAAUGAAUAUGUGGGUAAGGCAAAAGUAAGCAGUUUUCAUUUCUGGAUGAGGCUAAAAUCGAUAACAAAUUGUUCACAUGAUGAGUCUAGAUUUAAAAGCUGGUUAUACAUGUCUACAUUGUUUUGGACUUGAAGGCAGAAUGUAAUUCACCCCUUUUUGUCUAGUUUCAUUAAGAAUCAUCACAAAUUUAUUUGCCUGGCUUUGUUCCUCCACUCAUCUUUUCUGAUAUUGAGACAAGAUUUUAAAUAACUUAUAAUGCAUUACUUUAAUUUUGCUCAGAGCAUUCAUAAAUAUUUUUUUACGUCUUAAGUACUGUAUUUGAAUGAAAGCAAACUGAUGCAGAUUCUUGUGUGUGUUGAUUAUAAAAAGCCUGAUUUGUUGUAAAUAUUUUUAUAAACCUGUUUCUCACAUAAACCUGUUGUAGAAAUGGACCAGAGACAGAGAACACAUGCAACUGAGAUUGAAAGAAAGAAUAAAAUAUUUCAGGGUUUGUAUCUUGUAAUUGUGUAAAAUGCCACAAUAAAUGUUACUACUUGUAUUUCUUUAAAAAUGUGUCUUUCUUUUUGUUCAAUUAAUACAUGGAUUUUAUUAAUUUUAAUAUAAAAAUGUGGGUUAAUAUAGGCAAAUGACCAAAUUGUUUGACAUAGUUUUAGUAUUAUGUUUGAAGUGAAAUAAAAAAUUAAAUAAAACAA